AUGAACAAUCCCGUGAAGGAUAAGCUCGGUCGUACUGAAACGUCUGAUGGGGCGGAUAAAAGAACGGCAAAUAUUCCUUUGAUCGACAUUUCGGCCCCUGAUGCCGAUCAAAAAGAAAUCGCCCAGCAACUUAUUGACGCUGCAGAGGAGCAUGGCUUCAUUUACAUCCGCAAUCUAGGCCAUGAGAUCCCAGCAAAGGAUGUCGACGGAGCUUUUGAUCUUGUUAAAAAGACAUUCGAGUGUUCGUUAGAGGAGAAGCAGAGGUGCACAAUUCAGACUAACAACCGUGGUUGGUCGGGCAUGCAUUCCGAGACUCUAGAUCCCAAAAACCAAAAGAUUGGAGACUUCAAGGAAGCCUUCAAUUUUGGCGAAUUCGCAAAUGGAAAAGCUCAACAGCCUCUUCCAUCUGAUUUGGUUCCCGAUGAACCCCAGAUAAGCGCCUUUGCUGAUUUAUGCCACGAUCUUUGCCAGAAGCUCCUCUACUUGCUCGGUCUAGGUCUCGGUGUCGGCGAUUUCUUCUCUUCAGCGCACAACACAGAAAAGGGAGCCUCAAGCUCUAUCCUCCGCUUCUUGCGUUAUCCGCCCCCUGAGUCUACCGCUCAUUCCGAAGAUGAUGUGCGUGCUGGCUCUCACAGUGACUACGGCUCUGUCACCCUUCUCUUCCGUUUGAAGGGCCAGGCAGGGUUAGAAGUGCUUACAAAAGAAAGCAUAUGGGCACCAGUGCCUGUAUGUCCACCUGGUACUGAAAACGACCCCAGUCCGCCAAUUCUCAUCAAUAUCGGCGACCUGCUAUCCUACUGGACCAACGGACUAUUCCGCAGCACUCUUCAUAGAGUUGUAUUCCCAAUGGAGGGAAGCGCCAAGGUUCAGGGAGAGACAAAUGAGGGGCCAAGAUAUUCGAUUGCUUACUUUUGCCAUCCUGUUGGCACGGUCCCUCUUGAGCCUGUUCCCAGCGAACGGGUAAAGAACUUCAAGCCUGCUGAAGGGGCGCCAAGUGAGAACCCAUACGCUACAAGUAAAGUCAUGACAGCAGAUGAGCAUUUGUUUAUGAGACUCAAGGAGAGUUAUGGUGACCUUUACGAUAAGAAAUCAUAG